AUGGUUUCUUCUUCCGACACAGGAGUAUCGGACACAGUGGACCCCAUGGCAGUUGUGUCAGACGAUGAGAUACCAUCAGAGGGAGACGUAUACACAUCAGACACCACGAGUACAGAUGACGACGAUUUUCAGCCCUUCGCGCGGCCAAACAUCGGAGUUGAGAUACAGCCUGCUGAUGGCAUUCCUGCUGGGGAUCUACCUCUUGCGGUGAUCCCUGCUCCCGUUCCGCUUGCUGCUUUCCCCAUGGUGGAUGUGCCACACGAUGUCGUAUCUGAUGACGACAUUGAUCUGUUCGAGGAGGGUCCGCCUGAGGACGAUUAUGAGGGCGGGGCCCCGAUCGAUGUUGAUGCUAUCCUUCCUAUUGCUGAGGCCCCUGUAGAGGAGCUUCCUCUUGGUUCACCGGUCCCAGACUCAUUGGAGUCUGUGGCAUCUGCAUCUCUACACGACCAGGGUGUGCAACAUCACUCUCCUGACGCCGACCCCGACCUGGCGAUGUCAGCUGCACUUGGUCCGUCACACGAGUUCGAGUUUGACCAUGAGGUCGAUGAUGAUUUUGAUCCAGUUUUUCCCCCUGACUUCGAUCCUGACCAGGAGAUCGAGUUUAUCCAUAUGGACCAGCCCUUAGAGGCGCCCGCGGCCCCUAUUGAUCCGUUGUUUGACAUCCCUGCUGAUUUUGACAUGGACCUUGUUGACCCUGAGCCUGUCAUGGCCCCAGAGCCCGUUGUCGCUCCGGAUCCUGCACCAGAGCACGACCCUGUUCUUGAUGAUGCACCAGCUCUUGCACCACCCAUUGCGGACCUUCCCGUUGUUGCUCCACCAGUGGUGGAUGAUCCUGUUGUUGUGCACCUUUACCCGAUCCCGUGCCGGCAUUGGUUGAUCGUGCACCUUUCGCCGCUCACAUAG